AUGAGCUACGGCAAAAAAGAUGAAGAUGCCGACCUCGGCCUGGUCAAGGUCGAUCGCACCCAAGUUUUCCAAGAAGCUCGAUUGUUCAAUAGUUCGCCAAUUCAACCACGAAGAUGUCGCAUUCUCUUAACAAAGAUUGCCCUCCUCCUAUAUACCGGCGAGAAAUUCCCGACGAACGAAGCCACCACUCUAUUCUUCGGUAUCUCGAAGCUAUUCCAGAACAAGGAUGCCAGCUUGCGACAAAUGGUUCAUCUGGUCAUCAAGGAGAUUGCCAACUCGGCAGAAGAUAUUAUUAUGGUUACGAGUACCAUAAUGAAGGAUACUGGUGGUAGCACAGACGCAAUCUACAGACCGAAUGCCAUACGAGCCCUAUGUCGCAUUAUCGACGCGACAACUGUCCAAUCGAUCGAGCGUGUAAUGAAGACUGCGAUAGUCGACAAGAAUCCUUCAGUAUCCUCCGCCGCCCUUGUAUCUUCCUACCAUCUCCUCCCGAUCGCCAAGGAUGUCGUUCGACGAUGGCAGUCCGAAACUCAGGAGGCUGCUGCCUCGACCAAAUCCUCGGGUGGCUUCUCUCUUGGCUUUUCAUCUUCCUCUGCUUCGCUCCCGGUUAACAACUCAACUAUGACCCAAUACCACGCCAUUGGCCUCCUAUAUCAGAUACGAUCUCAUGAUAGGAUGGCUUUGGUCAAGAUGGUGCAGCAGUUUGGUGCCGCUGGUGCUGUCAAGAGCCCUGCCGCUAUAGUGAUGCUGGUCAGGUUGGCUGCGCAAUUGGCUGAGGAGGAUCAAUCCCUCAGGAAGCCUAUGAUGCAGCUAUUAGAUGGAUGGUUAAGGCAUAAGAGCGAAAUGGUCAAUUUCGAGGCAGCCAAGGCAAUCUGUGAUAUAAGAGAUGUUACGGACGCCGAAGUCACCCAAGCUGUCCAUGUGCUGCAGCUAUUCCUUUCUUCGCCUCGUGCCGUAACCAAGUUCGCUGCCCUCCGAAUUCUACACAAUUUUGCUUCCUUCAAGCCGCAGGCUGUCAAUGUUUGCAACCCAGAUAUCGAGGCGCUCAUCUCGAACAGCAACCGAUCAAUUGCUACGUUCGCUAUUACUACGCUCCUCAAGACCGGCAACGAAGCAAAUUACUAUCGUCGAGGCCAUUCGAACCUUAUGCCUCAAGUUCCCGAGCAAGCAAGCUGGUAUGCUUUCUUUUUGAGCGGCAUCCUACGCGACGAAGGUGGUUACGAGUUCAAGCGAGCGGUGGUGGAAAGCAUGUUCGAUCUCAUCAAGUUCGUGCCGGAUUCCAAGGAAGACGCUCUCGCCCACCUCUGCGAAUUUAUCGAAGACUGCGAGUUUACUAAAUUGGCUGUUCGUAUCCUCCACUUGCUAGGUUUGGAAGGUCCCAGGACUUCUCAACCUACCAAGUACAUCCGGUACAUCUACAACCGUGUCGUUCUAGAGAACGCCAUUGUGAGAGCGGCAGCCGUAACCGCUCUAGCCAAGUUCGGUGUGGGUCAGAAGGACCCCGAAGUCAAGCGUAGCGUCGACGUUCUAUUGACUAGGUGCUUGGAUGACGUGGAUGAUGAAGUCCGUGACCGUGCUGCGCUCAACCUGAGAUUAAUGCACGAGGAAGACGAUUUGGGUGAACGCUUCAUCAAGAACGAAAAUAUGUUCUCACUACAAUACUUCGAACACCAGCUUGUCAUGUAUGUAACAUCUGACGAUAAGUCGGCCUUCGAGACUCCGUUCGAUAUCAGCCAGAUCCCGGUCGUCACCCGGGAACAAGCAGAUGCUGAGGACCGCACGAAGAAGCUUACGGCCACUACCCCAUCUCUAAAGCCGCCAAAGACGGGACCCACAAAGGCGGUGCCAACUGGCGCGGAGGCGCAAGCUUCGGCAGCCGCCGCAGCGCAGAAGUACGCUCAAGAACUUCUGUCUAUCCCAGAGAUGAAAGAGUUUGGCGGUGUCCUCAAAUCGUCUCCUGUUGUUGAGUUGACCGAGGCCGAAACUGAGUACGUCGUAUCAGUCGUCAAGCACAUCUUCAAGGAGCACAUUGUGCUCCAAUAUGAGGUUAAGAACACUCUUCCAGCUACUGUCCUCGAAAACGUAUCAGUGGUGGCAACGCCAUCUGACGAAGAAGAACUGGAGGAAGUAUUCAUUAUCCAGGCUGAGAAACUCCCCACGGAUGAGCCCGGAAAGAUCUACGUAGCAUUCAAGAAAGCGAAUGGCGAAGGAUCACUGCCGACUGCCACCUUCUCCAACAUACUCAAGUUCACGAGCAAGGAGAUUGAUCCUACUACCAACGAGCCUGAAGAUACUGGCUACGACGACGAGUACGAGGUAUCAGACUUCGAUCUUGCCGGUAGCGAUUACGUGAUACCGACGUUCGCAGGCAACUUCAAUCACGUAUGGGAACAGGUGGGCGCGGCUGGCGAGGAGGCUGAAGAGACGAUGCAGCUGUCUGGGGUGAACAGUAUCGCAGAUGCUACGGAGCAACUUAUCAAGACACUCUCCCUACAACCAUUAGAAGGUACAGAUGUACCGGUGAACCAGACCACACAUCAACUCAAGCUCCUAGGCAAGACAGUCAAUGGCGGAAGGGUGGUGGCAAAUGUCAGGAUGGCGUACUCGUCGAAAUCAGGAGUAACAACCAAGAUUAUAGUACGCAGCGAGGAGGAGAAUGUUGCUGCUAUGGUAGUGGCAUCCGUCGCGUAA